AUGUCUCAGCCCCACGUUCUACUCGUAACACUUCCUGCGCGAGGUCACGUGAACCCAUCUCUCUGCUUCGCCCGCCGUCUCAUCCGAACCACCAACGCACGUGUCACUUUCGUCACGUGCAUCUCCGCCAACCACGACGACCUGAAGCUACGUGCUAAUCUCUCUUUUCUUACCUUCUCCGAUGGCUUCGACGACGGGGUCAUCUCCAACAUCGACGACGUCCAGAACCGGUUGCUAAACCUCAAACGUAACGGCGAUAAGUUUUUGUCCGAUUUUAUCGAAGCUAAUCGGAACGGAGACUCUCCUGUUACUUUCUUGAUCUACACGCUUCUUCUAACCUGGGCUCCAAAGGUAGCCGGUCGGUUUCACAUUCCUUCUGCUCUUCUUUGGAUCCAACCGGCUUUGGUUUUCGACGUCUAUUACAACCACUUCAUCGGAAACAACUCCGGUUUCGAGUUCCCGAAUCUUCCAUCUCUGGCUAUAUGCGAUCUUCCUUCUUACCUCACGCCUUCCAACCCAAGCAAAGUUGCAUACGCUGCGUUCCAAGAGCAAAUGGAAUAUCUAAUAGAAGAAACCAACCCCAAAAUUCUGGUAAACACUUUGGAUUCUCUGGAGCCAGAGGCCUUAACGACUUUCCAGAAUAUCGAAAUGGUGGCGGUUGGUCCUUUACUUCCCUCGGAGAUUUUCUCAGGAAGCACUAAGCAGUCAGUUAAAGAUCAAAAUAGUUACACACUGACACUUUGGCUAGACUCGAAAACAGAGUCCUCUGUUAUUUACGUUUCUUUUGGGACAAUGGUUGAGCUAUCGAAGAAACAAUUAUCAGAGCUGGCGAUCGCGCUUAUAGAAUGGAGAAGACCCUUUUUGUGGGUUAUAACUGAUAAACCUAAUAGAGAAACGAAAACAGAAGGAGAAGACGAGAUAGAGGUUGAGAAGAUAGCUGGUUUCAGAGACGAGCUCGAAGAGGUUGGGAUGAUUGUGUCGUGGUGUUCGCAGAUAGAGGUUUUAAGACACCGAUCAGUAGGUUGUUUUGUGACUCAUUGUGGGUGGAACUCUACUCUAGAGAGUUUGGUUCUUGGCGUUCCGGUGGUGGCGUUCCCGAUGUGGUCAGAUCAGCCGACGAAUGCAAAGCUACUGGAGGAAUCAUGGAGGACAGGUGUGAGGGUGAAAGAGAACUCGGAAGGUUUGGUGGACAGAGGAGAGAUAAGGCGGUGUUUGGAAGCAGUGAUGGAGGAGAAGUCUGUGGAGCUGAGGCAAAACGCAGAGAAAUGGAAGCGUUUAACGAUUGAAGCGGGUGAAGAAGGAGGAUCUUCGGACAAGAACGUUGAGGCUUUUGUGAAAACUCUGUUUUGA